UAUGUAAUGUAUUCUCUUAAACAGUCAUUUGAAACUGCCUAUGGCAAAGUGUAUGUUGUUCAAAAGCUUUCUUCAAGAUUCAGUGUUUAUUAUUUUUUAACUAUAUAUUUAAUAAGAAAAAUUAUUUAAAAAAAAAAAAAUAACUAUUAUAGUGCGCAAUAACAAUUAACAAGGCUACUGAAUUUCAGAUUUCCGGAUGUCUAAAAAUGACGUGGGAAAAUUUGCAUGUGCUACCACUCAGCCUCUUUAUUUUGAUCCCUGUCACUUUUAUAAUCACGUACACUAUAUCAGUUCAAUGGGAUCACGUGGUACCUGGCUUCCCUUACAUAUCGGAGACAGGAACCUUAUCACCUGAAUCCUGCAUUUUUGCACAAUUUCUUAAUAUUGCUGCUGUUUUACUUGGAUGUUGUGUCUAUAUUAGACAUCGACAAGUUGAACAAUGGCGCAAGGAAAGGGGACAUAAUUUAAUUCAUCAAAAAUUAACGGGAUUAACGGCAAUGUGUGGAAUUUUUUCAUGUUUUGGACUCGAUAUUUUGGCAAAUUUUCAAGAAGCCCGAGUUGUUGCUGCCCAUAUGGUCGGUGCUAUUACCUGUUUCACAGCUGGAACUGCAUAUUUUUGUUUACAGACUUAUCUCAGUUAUAAAAUGAUUUCAAGUGUAAACAGUUGGUUAAUUGUUUAUGUUCGUGGAUGUCUAUCAACUCUCACUAUCAUUUUAACAGUCGCCACUAUUGUUCCCGGUUAUUUUUCCACUUUGGACUUUAAAGGGAAAGAUUACAAAAAAUGGCAACCAACAGAUGGUGGUUGGGAAUGGCACGUUGCUAGUGUUAUUUCAGAAUGGAUACUUGUGCUAAUUUACUGUGCCUUUUUACUAACAUUUGUUCCUGAGUUUCGACAAAUUAAUUUUGAGGCUCCAGUUGUCACGCUCACAUACUUGGACACAAGAGAGUCGGAUUUACCAAAAGAAAAAUUUAAGAAAACAACUUUAGAAGUGUAAAUUAUUUUUCAAAUUCUUUUUUUUUUUACUUUCAGUUCCAUUUAUUCUACUGUGCUACAUAAUCCAAAAAAAGAAGGAUAAAAUUUCUUUUCGAAAUAAUUUUUAGAAUUUAAAAAAUUCUCCCUAAACAAGAAAAUUAUUUUAAUUUUCUUAUUAUUUUUGCACACAUUCACAAUAUUUUACGUACAUCGACAAUUUUAUGUUCUUAAAACAUACGAAUUUUUCAAAUAGUUUAUGAAAUAUUAAUUAAGGAAUUAGUAAAAAGAAAAAAAAUUCAAAUUUUCAAAAAAAAAAUUAAAAAAAUAAAUUAUAAUACUCAUAAUUUUUUUUUUAUAAUGAAAAAAUAAAUAAAAUUUUUUCAAUAAUUAUUCCGAAAGGAUUUUUUUUUUCUAUGAAAAAUUUUUAUCGACAAUAAAAAUAGUUAAUUUUAAAAUAAAAAUAAGAAACUUUGUAAUAAACUGUCACAAUUAUUUUUAUAUGAAAUGAAAAAAUAUUGUUUCAGGAAAGUAAAAAUAACUGUAUAUAAAAAAAAAAAAAACUAUAGAAGCUUUUAUGAUUUUUUUUUUUCUUUGACUGCAAUAUACAAUUGUUUCCACCGAUAUGGAAUUUCGCGCAGUGUUUGACUAUAAACCAACUGGAAAUGAUCCGUUUGACGAAUAAAAAAAAUUAUAUCACGCUUCUAUUGCUUUCAAUAUAUAUAUAUAUAUAGAUAAAUAUUCAAUAAUACUCUAAAAAUAUUAUCAGAACAUUUUUUUUUUAUAUUUGUCUUCUUAUUACGAAAUUAUUUUUUUUCUUUGCUUAACAAAAAAAAAAAAAUAUAUAAAAUUAUUAUUAUUUGUAUAAAUAUACUGACUUCAUAAAAAAAAUGUUGUUUACACAAACUACACCUUUCAAAAAAAAGGGUGGACUGUAAUUUUUGAUAAAAAAUUCCUUUCCAAAUAAUAAUUUUAAAUAUAAUUUUUUUUUUCUCCCACAAAUAUUUUCUCUCUCAAGAAAUAUUUACUGGUAUAUCAAACAUAUAAAUUAAUUAUCACGAUGUCAAUAAAGAUUGUCAUUAAAGUGUCGAUUUUAUUCGGAAAUUAUAAUUAAAUUAUUUAUAUGUACUAUUUUUGUGAAUAAAAAUAGAAAAAUAAAUAAAUAUUUAAUAAAUUUUAAAAAUAUACAUAAAUAAUAAUAAUAAAUAAAUAAAUAUAAAAAAUAUAAAUAAUAAUAAAUAAAUAUAAAAAAAUAUGAAUAAUUAAUUUAUUUAACUAUUAUUAAUUACAGUGCGUAACAGUAAUUAAUUAAUUUAUUUAUUUUUGUAAUUUUAAAAUAAGCUAUUAAUUAAACAAAAAAAAAUAAUUUUCAACUAAAAUUUGAAAUAUUUCAAAAAAAAAGUUUGUUAAAAAUUUUAAAUUCGUAAUUUUUUUUUUUUACUAAAAUUCCUAAAAUUUUACAAUAUUCACACACACACACACAUAUUGCGUCUUCAAGAAAGUGUUUUAUAUAGAAGGGGCAGUGUCUGUAAUUAUCAGCUCAUUAUGAUUUUUUUUUUGUUUUUUUUAUGAAAUAUUCGUUACAUUGUAAUUAUAAUUAAAUAUUUUUUUACUCAAUUUUGAGAAAUUUUUUCAUUAUACAGAUCUAUAUUUAUAAUUAAUGUAGAUGUCUAUUAGACGCAAGAAAAACGAUGUGUUAUAUUUUACUUUAUAUAUAUAUAUAUAAAUUGGGGGCCAUAUACAAUUGUUUAUAAAAUUGUCUAUAUAGUUAUUAUAAAUACUGUUCCAUUCUAGAUUGUUUCUAAUUUAUCAUUAUUAUUAUUAUAUACUCGUUCAAUAAAAGUUUUAAUUAAAAAAAAAAAAAUUAAUUUAUUAAGAAAAAUUUUGAUUUAAAGAAACUGUAUUCAAUAAAUAUUUUAUUUAUUAAAUAAUUCAUUUAAUAAAUUAUUUCUUUUAUUUAGUUAAUAAUUUAUUUAUUUAGUAAAUUAUAUUAUUUACUAAAUAAAUAAAAAUUUAUUAAUUAUUAUUUUAAAAAAUUUAGUUUCUUUUAAUAAUAAAAUUUAAAAAAAAAUCAGUUUCUUUUAAUAAUAAAAUUAAAAAAAAAAAUUAAAAGUAUCAUCUUCAGUUAAAGAUAAAUAUUUGUCCUUCAUGUAAUAUAAUUUUCAUGCGUUUUGACCUUCUUAUAAACUCCUAACGAAUCGAUAAUCAUGAUUCUUGUGUCUCUAUGUUCACCAAUUUUAUGAGACUUUUUUAUUAUUAUUAUUAUUUCAAUUAACAAGAGCCGUUUUUUAAUUAUAUCAUAUAUUAUAUUAUUAGAACGUCGUCAGUGUUACAAUAUAUAUUUUUUUUUAUAGGCGAUCAAUUUAACGCCGAGGGCGUAUCUUUUAAUAAUUUUCAAAUGUCAAGUUCUCAACUCUUAAUAAAUCAGAUGCCCUCGCGGGAAUGAUUUUCUCUUUUUUUUCCCCCUUCAUCAUCCCUUUCUCAUACCUUUGACAACUUAUUAGCCAAAUGUCCAGGUGAAUGCGGGUAAUUUAUUUAUUUUUAUUUUUUUAUACACGAUUUUGUUCUCUAUUAAAGUGACCCGCAGAAUGAAAAAAACAUUUUAAAUUAUUUUUAUCAAAAUGUGAAUUUUGCACUUUUAAUUAAUUACAAAUUACUUUUUUUUAAAAAUUAAAUUCUCAUAUUUAUGUUAACAUUAAUUAAUCAAAAAAAUUGAAAAAUUAAUUUAAAAAAUAUUAAAAUAAUUAAGAAGGAAAAAUUACAUAUAACAAAAAAAAAAUUUUAUUCGUUAUAAUAAUGGAUUGUUUUGCAUUUUAUAAUUUUUCAUAAAAUCUAGUACAUUAGCAGCUUAUUUACAUUUUUUUUUUUUUUUCUUGAAAAAUUAAAUAAUUAAAAUUUUUGAAAAUCAGGAUCCGUGCGAAAAAUUUUAUAUAUUUUUUAUUCUUUUGUGUCUCAGUACAAUAUUUAUUGUGCGUGCAAAUUUUCUCGUUUUUUUUACAAUUUAACUGUCAACAAUUAUUAUAACUACGAAUUUUUACAAGAUAAAAUUUGAUUGUACUCUAAAUUCUUUUUUUUACUUUUCAAUUAGACGAUAAAAAAAAAAGAAAAAAAAUUAUAAAUAAAAAACUUGUCAAAAAUUCAGUCAAUUUCAAAAAUAUUUCUUAAAAAAAAAAAAAAACGUGUUAGUAAACAUUUUUUGAAAUUGUAAAUUUAUUUUUAAUUUUUUUUUUGCAUUACUUUCAUUAAAGAAGAAAUUUAAAUAGUAUCGAAAAAAGGAUUUAAAUAGCUGCCUAAAAAAAAUUGUUUUUCAACUCGAAAAAAGGAUUUGAAACUCACAUUUAAUUAUAUGAAACUGUAAAUUGAUUUUGCGUCACUGUUUUAACAUUAAAACUCACUCAGAAAGCUUUUAUAGCUUUUACACUAUUUUACGUACUGACAAAGAAAAGAAAAAUGAAUAGAGAAAAAGAAAAAAAAAAUCAAAUCAAUUUAGUAUUUAGUAUAAGAACUUUUUUUUCAUAAAGUAGGCUACAUAUAUACAGUCAUAUAGUGAAACCUUCUAAAUAUUUUUUUUUUUUUUUUUAUUAUUCAUCAAGUUUUUAGGUACGUUAUAAGGACACAACUUCUUUUUUCCUUUUUCGCCUCAUUUUCCUUCAUUUUUUCGCAAAUUUUUAUUUUUUGGAAUUUUCAACAUUUUUUUUUCCACCACUCUCUAUUAUUUAUAUUAUUAUAGUAAUUUUUCAAUCUAGAAUCGAUUAAAGAUGCAAUAAAUUAUUUCAGACAUAAAUUGUCAAAAAAAAAAAAUUCUUAAAAAUAAAUUGUAGAGUUAAGGUUUUUUUUUUUCUUUACUAUUUAUCAUUUGAUGAGAAUUUAUAUUAUUAUUUUUUUUUUUUUUGGUGCUUUUACUGAAACUAAUAGUGAACACAAUAUUGUGAUCAGUGCAAAUUUUUAACAUAUUUCCAAUAUAGAUACUAUAUUUUAAUAUUAUUUUGAAUUGUAAUCACAAUUUUGUCUCAUAUUUCCUCUGAAUAAAUUGGAAGCCAUUUUGUUCAUUAACAGAAAUACUGGAAAUUAUUUUAUUUUUUUUUUAUUUUUAUUACUAUUGGCUAUUUUAUUACUAUUGGUAAAAAAUAAUAAAAAUAAUAUAAUAUAACAAUAAUAAUAAUAAAUAUAAAAAUUUUUAAUUUAAUUUCUAAAUUAAUAAUUAAUAUUUGGAAGUAUAAAGAAAGAAAAGCUGUACUUUUUUUUGAUAUUCAAAAUUGAAAGUUCAUCUGAAAAAAAUGGAAGUAGAAAUUAAAAAUUUUUAAAAUUAGAAUUUUGGAAAUUAAAAAUUUUUAAAUUAAAUAUUUUUUAAAUUAAAAUUUUUGAAAUUAAAUAUUUUUAAAAUUAAAUAUUUUUGAAAUUAAAAUUUUUGAAAUUAAAAUAUGAGGUCAAAGUAAAUUAAAGUUACACACAUAUAAUGUAACAGUAAAGUUAUUCAAGUAACGAUAAUGUUACAUAAUAAAAGUUUUAUCAAGUAAUUUCUAUUAAAGUAACUUUAAAGACUAAAAGUUUCUAUAUAUUCCUGUUUUCUCAUAAAGUUAUACAUUAGAAAUUCACUUUUCAAUUUAAUGAAAAUACGACCAGCGAAAUUCAUAUCUAAAGCGCGUGUGAAAUAAAUUUUCAUUAAUAUAUAUAUAUAUAUAUUAUAUAUGUCUAUCGUUCCUAAAUCUAACAUUUAAAUCUAUCUUCAAUGUGGUCAUCAAAGUAUCGUCUUCUUUCUUGUCACAAAAAUCCCUUACCUAAAUUUUUAGGUGGGUUAUUCUUGUUUGAUUUGUCACGAGUUUGGAAAAAUUGUUUUUCUUUUCUCAAUAUAUUUUAUUUUCCUCUUCAUUGAUUUCUAUUCCCUUCAUUAAAAAAAAAAAAAAAAAAAACUUAUUCUUAUCCUCAUCCUUAAUUACUUCCUUCUUCUUUUGUUUUUCUCGAUUAAAAAAAACUUUUUCCUUCAUUAAUUAUUUUCCUUGAAUAUCUAAAAAUUCUCUUUGAUUAUUAAUUAAUCAAUUAAUUAAUUUGAAAAAAAAAAAAUUGUCACUGUUCAUUGAAAGUAUUUUUUUUCUGAUCUUCAAUUUUUUUUUUUUUUUAAUUGAACAAGAAUCGUUUUUAAUUAUUUGAAUCUUGAACCUUCUGUUAAAUUAAUAAUAAUUUUUUUAAUAAUAAAUCUUUUAUAAAUUUUUGAAAUGCUUCUCUUGAUUUUUUUUUCGAAUUUAUAAAUUUUCCAUAAUUGGAAAUUUUUCCUUUAAUCCAAAAAUUGUCCUUUUUUAUUUGAUAAAAAGAAAUCGAUUUUUUAAUCAAUAUUAUUACCCGUGUUUACAAUUCCUUUUUUCCUUUUUUUUUUGUUAUUGCAACAAUUUCACUUGUUAUUUUUGGUUGCAACAAAAAAAAAUUCAAUGAUUGUAUCAAUAUUAUCAUCUAUAUAAUUCGGAACAAUUCCAUUUUUGUUUUUUUUUUACCCGUGUUGUUUCCAUUCAAUUCAUCCAGUGCUGUUUUUCAAUUCCUAAAAAUUCCACUACACAGUCUUUUGGCCCAAAAAUAAAAAAACAAAUUUUCGUUCGUAAUUCCAUUUUUUUUUGUCAAUUUAUUUUCGUAUUUAAAAAUUUUUAUUCCAGAUUAUUUUCUGAAAAUUUUUAUCCAUUUCAAAUUUCAGAAUUUUGUACUCAAAAAUUUGUAUUCGUUUCAAAAUUUAAUGUUUUCGUUCUUAAAAAUUUUGUAUCCAUUUCAAAAUUUCGUACACAAAUAUUUGUAUUCGUUUCAAAUUCCAAAUUAUUUUCGUACAUACAAAUUUUUGUACAUUUUUUUGUUCUAUUUUUGUACAUAAAAAUUGUUAGUCGUUUCAAAUUUCAGAAUUUCGUACUUAAAAAUUUUGUAUCCAUUUCAAAAUUUCGUACACAAAAGUCUGUAUUCGUUUCAAAUUUCUGAAUUUCGUACUUAAAAAUUUUGUAUCCAUUUCAAAAUUUCGUACUUAAAAAUUUUGUAUCCAUUUCAAAAUUUCGUACACAAAAAUUUGUAUUCGUUUCCAAUUCCAAAUAAUUCCAAAAAUUUUUUUAUCCAUUUUCAAAUGAGGCUUUGACAAAAAUUGAAAAUUAAUUCCAAAAAUAAAUAAUUUCAAUCAGAUUUCACACUUUUUUUUGCCAUUAACAAUGCUGCACCAUUGUCUUCUUUGUAAAACCAAAAAAAAAAAAAUU